AUGUCAACGUCAAUGACAUCAUGGCCACGUAUGAUAUCUCGAAUGUCCAUUUGGAAAGUUAAUUCACAUCGAAGAGACGAUGAUGAUUUACCCGCAUUCAACAAAGCUUGGCUGCCAAAUCCAGAUCAAGCUUUUCUACCCAUGAACCACAAGCAAAACGUACGACCUACAGCUUCUUAUGCUAUCAUUACUAGCAAAUUCAUUUACCCUUCUUUUGUACAUGUGGUCGUCAUACUUGCACCACUUGUCUCAGGACUGAUUAAGCUUAGUGCGGAUGCUCAGUCGAGCUUUGAGGAUGAGGGAGAUGUCAUGGACUGGAUUGAUUGGCCAGAAGCACAAUGUGAAUACCUGCGGCAAGCAUUGUUUGGGUGUCUAGACAGUGUGCUUGGUGUUGCUUUCGGAGAGAAUCGGAGAAGAAACAACUCAUAUAUAUAUGUGCAUUUGAAGUCUAUCGAGAUGUGGAUGAAGAGCAAUAAUCGGGUUGUUAUCAAAGCCACUCGAUGA